AUGCGGCCAGCACCUUUGGUCGGAGACGUUCGCUCUUCGUCGGCAAGAGGCGCUUGGCACGCAGCGUAUCUCAAAACGUGGGCGAGUUUUCAACACCUCAUCCAUCCCGAUCUCGCGCGCGCGGCGGGAAGAUCUGGCCGCGGCGGAGUGGGAGAGAGGCGAGCAAAGAGAGAGGAGGGAGAGAGCAGCAAAAGCGCAGGCCGAUCGAUCAGCUCCUGGGACGCGGACGAGAUGGACAGCAUUGCGCGCAGAUGCAAGCUAAACCCCCGCGCCGCUAGCAGACCGCAAUCGGGACCCUUUGGUGCAGAGGGGCUGGCUCGGCUACGACGUACGAUCAGGUCAGUGCAACAGUGUACGAAUGAGGCAGGCCAAGGAGUGACGUCCAACGUUUCUAAGGAACGGCUGGAGUCGGCACAGCGCGACUGCAUGUCGGCAUGCCUGAACGUCAUCUCUUCACGGGGAGAAGAACCAGGUGGUAUCCUCAAGGCCGCCAGCAUCUUCGUGGGGAAGAUCUCUUCGACCUACACGGACGAGACAAUCGAGCGCGUCAAGACGAUAAAACUCUGGUUCGCGUGGCUCCAAAUCGAAAGAAAUCAAUUUUUGAUACUUUUGUUAAAUUUCCCUGCGGGCAGAGUACUGUGGAAAGGAAAUUCGGCGAACUCGGGGUAG